AUGACGACUCGUUUCAGGAAGAACAGGAAGAAGCGAGGGCACGUCAGCGCCGGCCACGGCCGCAUCGGAAAGCACCGGAAGCAUCCCAGUGGCCGUGGAAACGCCGGAGGUAUGCACCACCACCGUAUCCUCUUCGACAAGUACCAUCCAGGUUAUUUCGGCAAAGUCGGGAUGCGCUACUUUCAUAGGCUCCGCAACAAGUUCCAUUGCCCAAUUGUCAACAUCGACAAGCUCUGGUCCAUGGUACCCAAGGAAGCCAAAGACGCAGCAUCAAACGAAAAAGUGCCCGUGAUUGAUGUUACGCAGUUCGGGUACUUCAAGGUUUUGGGCAAGGGAGUUUUGCCGGAGAAUCGACCGGUGGUUGUUAAGGCUAAGCUCGUGUCGAAAAUUGCUGAGAAGAAAAUUAAGGAGGCCGGUGGGGCUGUUUUACUCACUGCUUAG